CCAUACUGUUGCAACAGCUGCCCGUCGCCUAGCUGGAAGAACGACAUUGACAAGAUUCGGAUUAAGGACAUACCGAAUGAGAAGAUAUCAUGGGAUGGUUGGGAUAACUUCAACUGCGACGCCUACAUGAAGAAGGAAAUGACCCAAGAAGAGAUAUCUGACGUCAAUGUGGAUAACGACUGCCAAGAGUAUAUAUCUCUAGCUGAAGACGUCCAGCAACCCAUCGGAAAUAGUUCAAUGAGGCCAUGGGAAAUCUAGAGCUUGGUGGGUAGGUGGGAGGAAAUCCAAUGCCAACCAUAAGUCUGUUUGCUGGCCUUUGCCACCUAACUUGCUGCUGACGUACAUGACUAACCCCUGCUUUUGCCACCUCCAGAUCCCUGUUUCUGCCAGCGCACUAUACCCCUCACAGCGGCCGCGAUACCCCUUGCCGUUAGUGGGCUUCUUAGCUUUGUCCGGAUCUAACCAGUGGAUACGGUAUCUGUCUGUUCGUGCGACGACGCAAGGGGGCGGGGGGGAGGAGGGGUUUGGUGAGCGAAGGCAGAAAAGAACGGGAAGGGGCCCUGCCCCCGGUUUUCGGGCUCUUUCUGGAACAUCAAUCGAAAGUAUGGAAGCCUUCCAGAGGGCCACUUUGGAGACUUUGGAAGGGAGGGGGGGGCGCACCGGGAAGGGGAUUGACACUGGAACGGCUGGGAACAGGGUUCGCAGGGUACCUUGUGUACCUGGCCGGCCAGGUAGUGUACGAGCACGUCAAAGGCAAGGACAGGGGCCCGGGCCCAAUGAUGGCGACUGUGAGCUGGCUGGGCCCAGCACUAGGUAGUGCAAAGAGGAUAGAAUCGUACUAAGUGAGGAAGGAGGGUG